AUGAAACCCCUUUCCACAAACUACGACGAAGCUAGCAGUGGAAGCGACGACAGUUCAGUGGAACAUGAACCAGUCGUAACGACCAAAGAACGACGACGAGAAUUGGAAGGUUCAGAGUAUGAAGAUGAUUCCGAUAGUGACAGCAGCAGCGACAGUGAUAGUUCCGAUGAUGACAGUUCGGAUAGCAGUAGUAGCAGCAGCAGUAGCAGCAGCAGUAGCGACAGUGAUGGCGAUUCGGAAUCGGGUGGAAAGAAGAAUAAGGACAGCGAGAAUGAUGAUGACGACGAAAACGAGCAAGAAAAUGUCUCUGCGGAUGCGGAAAAGAACGACAAAGAACCAGACUGGGAUGAUCCCGAAUUGCCGAUCUACGAACGCAUUCAACGAAGGGAACAAAAAGGCAUCUCCAUGUCAGAAUCACGACAACGAAAGGCCAAGGCAUUGGUAGCUGCGUCUCGUAAAUUGGCCAUGUAUCAAAAGAAGAAGAAUCAACGAGAAGAAGGAGAGAAUGAUCGUAGUGAGGGUAAUGGCGAUGAAAAUGAUGGCCGACCCCGCAAACGUUCCAAAUCCAAGCACACACCAACGGAAGUGUCGUCCAAACGCAAAGACUUUUUCCUCCGUGGUGCUCCCAAGCUGAAUGAGAGUGGAUUGGGUGUCGAAAUUGGUGCCAAUCGGUACAAGCCUCUGGACCCUCGAGCUUCCAAUCUCAGUGGUCACUUUAACGAAGACCAAUUUACGGAAAAUUAUGAAUUCUUACAGACCAUGCGCAAUAAAGAAAUCAAGAAACUAAAGCUGCACAUUGCAGCCCGCAAACUCAAGGGCCGUCGAGGCCAGGCUAAGCGUCAACGGUUGGGUAUUACCAAUACGGGAUCACUGGAAGAAGAUCAAGACAAGCUGAAAGAGUUGCAACAAGCUAAGGCCGACUGGGAACGCAAAAAGUUGAAUCGCGAAGCCAAGCGUGCCGUCAAGAAACAGUUGAAGGACCAAGUGGAAGCCAAGGGACAAGAUGGGGUCUACUUUCUCAAACGCAAGGAAAAGCGAAAAUUGGAGCUACAGGCCAAGAUGGAUGCCAUUCGAAAAUCCAAGGGCCAAACCGCUGUGGACAAGGCUGUCAACAAGCGGCGACAAAAGCAAAAAUCAAAGGAUUCCAAAAUCUUUGCUCGAUAG